AAUCGGGUACGUACCUAGAUUGUCAUGUCAUUCAUGUCAGUUUCGAACGAACUUGGAACGAACAAUGAAGUAAUGGCCGCGAUAGCAGGUGAUUGGUGAUUCUUGAAUAACGUUUUAGCAGGAAAGAGACGUUUCGUGUACUGGGGUUAUUACAUUUUGUUUUCGUAUAUCUUCCUAAAAAGACUUGUUAUUAAUAGAACGCUACCUAGUGUUAAUUGAAGUGAAAUAAUUCUUGAAUUUACAACUGAGAUAGAAAGUGUAGGUGUGUACAACUUGGAGAUUCUGCAAUUUCAUUUUAAAACUUGUUAAUGGGAUGUGAAACCUGCUAGAGUCUCGAAUUGAGGAGCUGGAGUCAGACAUGUGCUUCCAUACGCAAUAUAUACUUCCUCAGCUAAAUAAUUGACGGUCAGCAGACGCCAUGCGAGCGAGUCGUGCGUUCCAGACGCGAUCUCGCCGCUCGACGGCAACUUAGAUUUUCAAAUAUUGGAAUUUCAUUUACAAGUGCGUUGCUAUUGUCUACAACCCACAUGUGAAGUGAUAGUGAAGUGUUGUGUAGUGUUGGUGAACUGACAGUGGUGGUGUUAGCCCGAUGUGGUCAUGGCGUUCAUGACAAAGAAGAAACGGUACAAGUUCACGGUGCAGUGCUGCCUGGAGGAGCUGACCGAGGUGCCGUUUGUGUCGGCAGUGCUGUUCGCCAAGGUCAGGCUGCUCGACGGCGGUAAUUUCCAGGAGCAUUCUAGCAGAGAGGAGGUGUGCAACCACACGGUGCGGUGGAACGCCGGGUUCGAGUUCCCGUGCAAGAUGUGCGCCAACGCCAACACCGGGGUGCUGGAGCCCGCGCUCAUGAGGGUCUCCGUGCGCAAGGAGUGCAAGGGCGGUCGCUCGUACCAGAAGCUUGGAUUCUGCGACGUGAACCUGGCGGAGUUGGCGGGCGCCGGCGAGUGCACCCGCCGGUUCCUGCUGGAGGGUUACGACAAGACCGGCCGGCGGCAGGACAACUCUGUCCUCAGACUGAGAAUCAAGAUGAGCAUGGUGUCAGGCGACCCACUCUUCAAAGUUCCCGAGCGCAAGCAGGACUUGGUGGACGCGAAAGCCGGCGGCGACAGCGGGUCGGAGAGCGCGCCCGGCGCCGCCGACGACGACUGCGGCUCCUCCACCGCCAGCUCCGGCUUCGGCUCCUUGACCAAGAGGAACCACUACGACGCCGCCGGUCACACGGCGCCGCUCUCGUCGCUGCCGUCCACCGAGCUGCCGUCCCCCGACAGCGUGGAGGCGGCGGGCGGCGCGCCGGCGGGCGAGCACGCGCUCGUGCCCAGCGCGCCGCCGCCAUCUUGCGCGUCGUGCCAGCACACGCACUCGCGCAACUCCUCCAACACAUCCGGCGACAUGAGCAGCAAGGCGUCAGGCUACGGCAGCUCUGCGUCUGCGCAUUCGCGGCAGAGCUCCGAGGGGGACUGCCCGCCGCCGCCGCCGCAUCACAACAGCGUACGCCUCGAACGCGUCACCACCACCACCACCACCCUGUACGUCAAGGGCAAGCAGAGGUCGCUCGCCAAGCUGCUGCUCGAGAAGACUGUCGUCAGCGACUCCUCCGACGUGUUCCUGUCCCCCGACGUCACCCUCACCUCCCCCCCGGACGUGGUCCCCCGCCGCGCGCUGUCCCCCCGCUCGCCCGCCAGCGACGAGUACACCACCCCCGACUCCACCCUGGUGGAGAACGGCCACGACCACUCGUUCGCCAUGCCGACGUACUUCGACCAGAAACGGCGCGCGGCCGCCGACGCGUUCAAGGAAGCCGUCCAGCCGCUGACCAACUUCCACAUAUUCAAGCAGAAGUCUCUGAACACGAUACCGGCGCUGCUGGAGAAGAACAAGAAGAACGAGGAGCUGUUCAACAACUUUCCGUUUCUGACGCCGCUCGCUCACAGGAAGAGCUCGCUAGUGUCGGCCGCGAACCGUCUGUCGGGGUGUUUGGAGGACGAGUUCUACUGCCUCCCGUCCGAGGGCGAGGAGCUGGGCGCGGGCCGCGUGGACGUGCGGCUGCGGCUGACGUCCACGCCGCGGGAGUCGCUGCGCAGGAGUUACACCGAGCGGAGGAACCCGUCGUCCGGGUCGCUGUCGGCGUCGGAGGGCGGGUCGCUGGAGCGCGCGCGCGCCGAGCGCCGCGGCCGCGCGCCCGCGCACGCGCACGCGCACCCUCCCGCGCCGGCGCCGCGCGACGACGACCACGUGUCGUGCCGCGUCGAGAACACGCGCGUCAACCCCGACUCGCUCAUAGACGAGCUGUUGGCGGCCACGGACCUCAAGCAGGCGGUCGACGAUUCUGCUGAGACGUCGGGUCUGCAACUGUUCAUAUCCCGGGACGGCACGGCGGAGCUGGGGUCCCGGCAGCGGCAGCAGCUGGCCCGGAGGGACUACCAGAGGGUGGUGCUACAUCCACACGACAACAGGUAGCCAACGGCGUCUAAAGCAGUCGCCCCGGCGACUCGAGUCAGCGCUGUGAGCCGCCUGAGACGGCAGGGUCCUAUGUAGAAUGUACUAUUUAUUUCGAGACGAGCGGACAGUAUUACCAGAGAUUUGUAAGUGUCUCGUGCUAGGUUCACAUGCACUUAGUAACUAGCUAGGUAGUAAAUUUUAGUUGGCCAAGAAAUUUGUAAUCAUUUAGUUGUUUUUUAUUUUAUUUAAUGUGGGUUAUGCACUUUUUUUUAACAGAUGCUUCGGAUGUUAUCGAUAAAACUUAUUGCCUAUAGAAAUUGGAUUAAGUUUUUAUAUCGCCGGUAACACUUUGAUUUCGUCUGUGUUACCAGUAAAAUAAUAAAGUUAAUAACAAUAAGGGGAGGUUCUCCAUUUGACUGUUACCAAUCGCUAACUUUAGUAAUGUUAUUUUAAAUAUAUUUUAAUUAGACAUAUUUAUCAAGGUCAUAUGGCCAAACAUUUUAAUUUUUUCAGAGUAUGACUGAAUCUAGGAAAUUGAGCUCUCUUGAAUAUGUUUCGUUACUUCGAGUACUAAGUCCAUGUAAACCCGGCAUGAGAUACGUUGAGACGCGGCCGCGGCCGGCCGUACAACUGCCUUUUAAUUUAAUAAUGAAAUAUAUGAUGAAAUUCAAUAGUGAUAAGAUUUAUGUAUUGAAAUGUACCUGUUUUGUUUUAUAUUUAGCUACAGCUGUUCAAAAUGGCGCUAGUGCAAUAUUGUAAAAUGUAUUUGUGAAAUGUUUGUCCGGCCCGGCCCGCUCCCCGUCAGAACCCGCGGGUGACGAAACAAUGCAUAUUUAUUGUUUUUAAUAUUAAUAUAUGCCAUAAAUUGUUUUACAAUUUGUAACUUAAUAAUGUUGAACGAUUAUAAUAUUCCUUAGCAAUUUUCUAGGACGGUUGUGUUCGUGCGAUCCGUGAUGUUUCGUAUUGUAUGGUUUACAAUGUUUUUAAUAUUUUUUUUUACUGUAAGUAGGAAUCUUUUCAAUUAUAAAACGACCUACACGACGACUGAAUGUUCCUAUAUGUUGCGUAGCGUCUGUGCUUCCUCCACUCUCUCCUUUCAUGUUAAUCUUAAUGAUUGACGUCGCGCCGCCAUUGAAUUAAUGCUUACUUAUUGCCAAUUUAACGCUCUUCCAAUGAAAAUUCAAAAUUGAAAGUCACCAUUUUUUUUUUUCAUUGUUAUGGGACAUUACAAACAUCACUUAAUAAUUGUGAUAUCUUAUGGUUUCACAACAUUGGUUGACGUCAAAUUACUUAAAACUCCGUUUACUGCCGAUUCCAGUCGCGAGUUUGAGCUGGCGGUGCCGCUUUUUCCCUCUUCCAUUUUUCAGAAGGCUAUUGGGAAGGUAACUGUGCUCAGAAUAUAUCUUCCUAUGCUUACAGUUCGUAAUUGCUCGUACAUACUUUGAUUGUGUUUAGUGCGAGUUGAUUGUAAGUGUUUAGUAAAAAGAAACGUAAUAAAUUGUUAGUCUUUUACUAAACCCUUAACAAGCAGCUCGCACUAAAUACUAACUAAACAGAACAUACGAGUUAUUAAAGCAAAUAAAGUGCUCACAAGUGGUGCUAAGCCUAGUGUACGCCGCGUACACAUUGUAGACCGACAUGAAAACAAAUUAUAUCGUGGCCCUGUGAUUUUUAGUCGUUAAAGGCUGUCAAGAAAGCGGUUCAAUUGUCGGUGUUAAUUUACUGUUCUCUGCUAUGUAUUUUAAUUUUCCAAAAGUGACAGUGACAGACUUUCUUGACAGUUAGACCAAUUUAAUAAAGAAAUACUUCAAAAUCCCUCCAAAAAAGUGUUAGUUUGAAGAGUAGAACGUUGUGUUGCUCUGUGCCAAACGGGACGCAGUCUCGUCGUGAGAAACCAGUCAUUCCUUUGCAGAGGUAGAGGGCCGGUGUUCGCUCGAGCGGACUUUACGUAAUAACAAAUUUCAAAGAGAAACAUUUAGUUAUGUAAAUAUGUUUUAAUGUAAAAUGUGUAAGAUACUUGAACAUAAUGCACUGUCGUCAAAAGCGUCGUAUCCGUGGACUUGUUUGCGAUAUUAGGCGAAGUUAAAGGCGACGUGGCCUGCCCAGUUAAGAUUAAUUUUGAAUGAAAUUCGACCUUACGUUCGUCCAACUUUGCCCGACUUCGCAUGACAUGUAGAAGCAACAAUACUCUUAUUUUCUGUUCAAUAUCUUCAAGUUCUUCCAUUAAUAGAAGUUGCUUUUGUCAAAAUUUAUGGUUGGAGACAAUGUCCUGUUAAUAGAAGUCCCCUCGAGUGUGGUGCCGGCGUAUUAUAAUUACCAAUGGAACGCAUAAAGUGUGAUGUACCGGUGAUCGGUUGAUGAGAGAUGAGAUUUGAACCGGUGACCGGCGGGCGCUGUACGGCGCAAUCGCGUUGUUAUUGUAUCAUAUGUCGUAUAUUACAGUUGUACAGUAUUUGAAUAAAGGACGUGUUUAGAACUAUUGGCUCGUUUUAUUUGUGUUGAAGUACCUUAUAAUUUGGCAAUAUUUUUUCUUUGUCUCACACUGUCUGAAGGCACUCCCAUAUAGCGUUUAUUUUUAACAAAUGUGUUGUAUACGAGAAGUUUUCCUGAUCUAAUGAAGUUGAGUAAAGUUAAACAGUAUAAAAGUGACCGCCAUAUUUAUUUUGCUUUGAGUAAAAAAUUUAAAAAUAUAGUUUUCAAUGAGUUCAAUGUCAUUUUUAAUAGGAAUAAUCUCUUAAUGGAGUAGUCAAUUCUAAAUUUGUGUACCGUCUGCAACCACUGGAAGCUGUAAAAGGCGUCUAAAUGACUUCUGCCUAUAAAUCAUGUGAUCUGUUAAAAGAAAUAUAUUCUGAAAAAUAGGUACUUUUUUUUAUUUAUGAAGUUCUAAAUUAUACAUUAUUUCUUUUUUCUUUUCCUCUUUUAUUAUAAUUAAUAGUUGUAAUAAUGGUUUUAACAUAAGGUGUAUAUUGUGAAAAAAAUAUUUAAUGAAUUCAUCCCAUGUAACAUAUAGGGAGUGUAUGUUUUAAAAGUAGUUAUGUUUUAAAAGGUAAUGUGAUAUGGUAAGACAAAACAAGAUACAGUGAUAGAACGUCCUUUAUUGAGUCACUAUACGCCAAUAGGCCGUGCAAUAACACGCCGAGCUACAAUUAGUUACGCUCAGUGGACGGUAACAUUGAUUAGUAACUAUAGCCAUACAUACAAGGAAUCUAUGUACAAUAUCAUUUAAUCUAAAUUUCCUAUUCACUAAGACGAUUAUUGAGAAAGGACAAAUUUGAUUAAGAUGCUAUCAAUUUGUUGUUACAAAGUAAAGUUUUAAUUAUCUAUAGAAAUAAGUGUUUUAAGUAAAUAAAGAUUAAAUUAAAAUACAGUCGACAUUAUUGCUCAUUCAGAAAAUAUCACAAAAGAAAGAGGUAAAAAGAACAGACGAAACAAAAUGGCGCUCAUCAAAAUACAGGUAAUACGUUAAAUAUAAAAC